UCUGUGUGUGUGAGUCUCUGUAUCUCAGCGAUGAUCUCCUGCCGCUCUUUCCUGCUUCUGCUGCUCAAUGUCUGCAGCCUGACUGCUCCCUCAUUGGCUCUGCCCUUUGAGCAGAGAGGAUUCUGGGACUUUGCUAUGGAUGGAGAUGUGGGGGAUCUGACGACGGUAAUGAUGAGAGAUGAAGAGGGUUCAGCUGUGGAGGAGCUGCCGCCGGAUGUGUCUUUAUGCCCCUUUGGUUGCCAUUGUCAACUCAAUGUGGUGCAAUGCUCAGACCUAAGUUUGAUUGUAGUGCCAAAGGAAAUUCCCAGAGACACCAAACUCUUAGACCUGCAGAACAACCGCAUCACAGAGCUGAAGGAGAAUGACUUCAAAGGACUUCCAAACCUCUAUGCUCUGUCACUAGUCAACAACAAGAUCUCCAAAGUCCACCCGCGAACCUUCGCACCCCUCCUACACUUAAAAAAGCUUUAUUUUUCCCGUAACCUCCUGACAGUGGUACCCAAGAACCUUCCCCCAUCCCUGGUGGAGCUGCGCAUUCAUGACAACCGUAUUAAGAAGGUUGCAGAAGGAACGUUCUCUGGUCUGGGCAGCAUGAACUGCAUUGAGAUGGGCGGAAACCCUAUUCAGAACAGCGGCUUUGAGCCUGGAGCUUUUAAAGGCCUGAAACUCAACUACCUGCGCGUCUCUGAGUCCAAACUCACUGGAAUACCAAAAGACCUCCCUGACAGUCUUCACGAGCUCCACUUGGACAAUAACCAGAUCCAGGCCAUUGAACUAGAGGACCUGAGCCGCUAUAAACACCUGUACAGAUUGGGUCUGGGUUUCAACCACAUCCGGAUGAUUGAGAAGGGCAGCCUAUCAUACGUCCCUAAUCUCAGGGAGCUGCAUUUGGAAAACAACCGGCUGACCCGCGUUCCCAUGGGUCUGCCAGACAUGAAGUACCUGCAGGUGGUCUACCUUCAUUCCAACAACAUAAGUCGAGUGGAAGUUAAUGACUUCUGUCCUCUGGGUUUCGGCAUGAAGAGGAGCUUCUAUAAUGGCAUUAGCCUCUAUGGCAACCCGGUUAACUACUGGGAGGUACAGCCUGCCACCUUUCGCUGCGUUGGAGACCGACUGGCCAUUCAGUUCGGAAACUAUAAGAAGUAGAGAAUGGAUGAAAAGAGAGAUUUGGGGACAAAUAACAAUGCUGGAAUUGAAACAGAACAGAAAAAAACUUGGAGAAAGUGGGCCUAAAUGGUGUCAACAAACAGUGUUUGCAAAUCAUUUUUAUUAUGUAUCUUUGGAUGGAUCUUUUGUUUAUGAAGUCUAAAGGUUCACACCAAGUAUGUUAACUAUAACGAUAAAGAUAUAGUUUUAAAGAUGAAAUGAAAUUUAAAGAAUAAAAUUAGAAGUAUCGCACAGUCCGCACCACAACUAUAGCGAUAACUUUUGUUGGAAUCACUAUCAGGCCGAUUUCAUUCAGCAGAUGAAUGAUAAAAACAUUGACAGCCAAUCAGAGUACACAUUUUAAAGAGCUUAAGCAUUUAAAGGGGCAGACGACAAAACUGCAGCAUCCAUAUAAUAAACAGAAUGUUAUCAUCUGUUGGUGUGAAUGCUAAUAUAGUUAUAGUUAUCGUUAUCUUUAUAGUUAUCAGUCUUGAGGUGAACAGGCCUGAAAGAGAAAAGGAAGGAGCAAUAAAAUAAGUCAUGGAAACUUAGAAAAAAUUAAUUUGAUCUCUUACAACUGGCUCAAAACUAUAAUAAUGGUAAUUGUUUUUUAAGUGUUUUACAGUAAAGUCUUAACAUUAUCAGUUCACUUUUUAAGGGCUCUUUGUUUGCUUGACACCUUUAUAAUAAUAUUAUUGAUAUGUACUGUUAUAUUGUUAUUAUUUCAUAUUAGUGUAUGUUGUUUUUUAACGGUGAAGUUUGGAUGAAAUGUUGAAAUGGGAAGGUUAAAUCUAGAUGUUAAAUUCAUGGUGCUUAUAAUAAGUGUAUCUGUGUUGUUUGUAAAAAUUGUAGCUUGCUUUUUUAUCCAAAUUUGCCUUGCUUCCUUGCUUCAGGGGUCUUAUUGUUGUGGGAGUACUUUAGGGCAAUGGAGGAACUUUACACAGACACAAUAUGUGUCGUCGAGUUUCAUUCAGCCAAAUGCCUCAUGUUCUUACCCAGCCCUUUUGGGUUCGAGGCUGAUUCAGAAAAGGAUUGUAAUGCUAUGUUGUUUUGCACAGUUUCUCUAUGAAUUUCUAAUCUUUUCUUUGUAGCGUGUUGUUUUUCUCAUGUUUUCUUUGGCAGUGACCCUGCAUGCAUUUACGCUAGUGCGCCGCACACUACUGCAUGUUCCAAUAAAAUAUCUUUCAGCUUGACUUCAGGAGCAGAAGUGGUGUACCAUCAUGGUUUGAAAGCUGUGACUAAUAAAACUUGAGUUAACACGAGUUUGAGUUCAGUGAAAUAAAACAUUUGAAGAAUGUCUCCUCUUUUCUCAAUAAAGCCAAAUAUCGAUUGAUUGCAUUAUCAAGCACAAUGUCAAUGGAUCACUCUACUUGUUGCAAACCAUGUCAGAGAAAUUCCAGAUUUUAUACAUAAAAAUAAAACAAAAUUAUUAAAACAUUGUGGAA